CGUUUGAUUUCUUUGAUUGCAGUUGGAGGAAGGAGAAAAGCUAUAAAAGAAUUUGAGCAAAACCCAAAUUUAUGUGAUGAAACCCAGAUCUGGGUUUGGGAGAGGAAGAAGGGAGAAGAGAGAGAGAAAGAAUAAGAAGAAGAAAGAAGAAGGAUGAGCAGGGAGGAGGAAAGUAGAAAGAAGAUGAAGUUUGAGAGAGAACCCAGAUCUGGGUUUGCAGAGUUCUUGCUCCAACAUGGAAGAAAUGGAAGAAAUGGAAGACGAAGAUCAAUAAAAAAGUAGAAGAAUGUAAGUAACGAUUGAAAAAACUGAGUAAGAAGAAUGGUAAUGCACUCAAGAAAUCUUAUAUCAAACUCCAAAUGGUUAUACUCCAGAAAGCUUGUGAAGUUCUCAGUAAACAGUUGGACUCUUUUAAACAAGGGGAAGUGAUUCAAGAUCUGCCGCCAAUAUGGUAAUCCAUGAUUAUGUUUUUCUACACAUUGUGGUUUGCCUGUCUGAUUUCUUGUCUCUUUUUGUUUGGAGUCUUAAGGGUUUAUUUAGAGUUUCUAAAUUUGUACAGCAGUAAUAUAACAUUAAAAAAUGAAUUCCUUGUAUCAUGACUUCUUAGAUUGCAUUGCUUGUGCUUAAGUUUUUCUGUACGGUUAUAGUUAUACUGAAUUUUUGGUAUGAUGAAUUCUUGUUUAUACUUAAGUUUUUCUGUAUGGUUUGGUAAUCCAUGUCUAUGAUUAAAUUUUUCUACACAGUGUGGUUAGCUUAUAGAUCUCUUGUUUGUUUGGAGUUUUAGGGGUUUAUUUAGAGUAUCUAGAUUUUUACAACUGUCAUAUAACAGUAAAGAAUGAAUUCUUUGUGUCAUAAUUUCUUAGACUGGAUUUUUGUUUGUGUUAAUGCUAGUUUUGAGCCUACCUAUUUUAUCAAGGACCUUAUGAUACCAUGUACUGAUCAUGAUGAGGAGUUGGGUUGUUUAAUUACUAAGUUGGAGGACAUUGAUAAGGUCAUUGUUUUAGCACAAGAGUGGCUGUUAUCUUUGAUGGGAGAAUUUGUGCUUUCAUGGAAACACUUCAAUAAGAAGAAAUCUGUAUUAACUGU